CCUAAAUUCUUUCCCGCACAAAUACCACAAAUACAACACAUGCACUUCUCUUUCUCCCCCACAUUGGGAAUCCAAAAUUUUGGGGAAUUUUAUGGCAACGAAGCUUCUCAGCCCUAGUUAACCCCCGACCUCGACCUGGUCUAGUCCAACCUGACCUGACCUGAUCCAACCGCCCUCUCCCUUUUAAGUAAAUAAUAGUUCGACUGCUGCCGAGUCCGAUACUUGCCCAACGAUCGACUGGUCCGUGCUUCGAGAGUAUAUCAUCCUAAUGUUGGUGGAAGAGCAUAGUGUUUAGCUGGAAUGUGAAAAGUAACUUGGGUCUGCACCGCCGACGACGUGUGCCACUUCUUAACACAUUUCUCUCUCUAUAGAUCUCGACAGACGGUUCUUUUUACGUCAACUAGAGGGGAAUAACGUGUAGACCGCUUGGUCAUGGCGCCUAGCUCCGGACACGCCCCUCACCCCUCCAAUGGUUCCUCCUCGAGCGACCGACGUUACAGUCCUGCAAACGGAAAGGCCGCCGUAAUAGCAAGCAGGCAUGAUAGGACUCCCAAUACUCCGAGAAAGGAGGCUAGCAGGCGCGAUGCAGCUUUGCAAGAUCCGGGGUUGAGAGACUACCGACUAGGAGAAUGUCUAGGCAAGGGAGCAUUCGGCUCUGUAUACAAGGCAAUCCAUUGGGGUACUGGUGAAGCUGUUGCUGUUAAGCAAAUCAAAUUGGUGAAUUUGCCAAAGAGCGAGCUCCGAAUGAUCGAGGCUGAAAUCGACCUCUUGAAAAACUUAAACCAUGACAAUAUUGUCAAGUAUAUUGGGUUUGUCAAAUCCACGGACUGUCUCAAUAUUAUAUUAGAGUAUUGCGAAAAUGGAUCUUUACAUUCGAUAUGCAAGGCGUAUGGGAAAUUCCCGGAGAAUCUAGUUGGGGUUUAUAUGACCCAGGUUCUCCAAGGUCUUCAGUAUCUACAUGAUCAAGGUGUGAUACAUAGGGAUAUCAAGGGAGCCAACAUCCUGACAACCAAGGAUGGUAAAGUAAAGCUCGCAGAUUUCGGUGUGUCUACCAGCACAGUCGCUGGACCUGAUAAAGAAGCUCAAGUAGUGGGAACGCCAUACUGGAUGGCUCCUGAGAUAAUUGAGCUAUCCGGUGCCACGCCGGCCUCUGAUAUCUGGAGCUUGGGAUGCACCGUUAUCGAGCUAUUAUCUGGUAAACCUCCGUAUCACCAUCUACAAGCUAUGCCUGCUCUGUUUGCUAUUGUUAACGAUGACCAUCCGCCACUUCCCGAGGGCGUAUCUUCGGCUGCGCGUGAUUUUCUAAUUCAAUGCUUCCAGAAAGAUCCCAACCUACGUGUUUCCGCAAGGAAACUACUGAAGCACAACUGGAUUGUAGGCUGUCGACGGAGUGAUGCGCCUGUAGCCAAAGCCCCAGGAAAUUUCAGUCAAGCCGUCGAAGAGGUCAAGCAGUGGAAUAAAGCACUCACCUCUUCCGAAACCAAUCUUAGAGUUUCAGCAGGGUCCGAUUCGGCAUUCCCUUUUCACCACGGUCUUCAAACUUCACGAUUCUCAUCCCAAGAGCAGCCUAGAUCUAAUGUACCCACUCCAGCAAAGGCACCCUUUGCAUUAAAACCAAGACCCACUGCCGAGGACUUCCGUUCUCCUGAACUUGCGGAUGACGAUAACUGGGAUGACGAUUUUGCAACUGCAAUUUCACCCAGUGCCCUAAGACUCCCUCAUGUCAAGCCUCAGGAUCACUUCGGUGGUAUGCUUUCGGCUGACCGUCUGAAAGCUUUUGCGUCUAUUGACAACUCGCGCGAUUUUUCUACCACCUGGGAGAACGAUUUUGAUGGGGACCUUCUAACAACGAUACAUAAGCUACAAUCAGUUCAAGAAGAGGAUCCACAGGAGAGGACAAUUCGUCCCAAUUGGAAGUUCCCAGAGAAGAUUGAGAAGAUAGCGGAACAAAAACCGCAGCCACCGAAAGCAUCCCCUCGCAAGCGAACAGGAAGUAGUCAUCAGAGGCAAAAGUCUCAAACAAAAAGUCAACUCAGUAAUAAAUUCGAAUUACCUUCCCGGCCCGAUUUAUUAUACAGGGAACAGACGACAGAGGACUAUUCAGAUAUCUUUGACGACAACGAAAGUGUCUUCAACCAACGAUUGGGCCUAUCCAAGAAGCCUGAUGCCCCCCAAUUAUUUCACCCCUCGGAUCUCACCAGUUUGCCGCGGUCCAUGCAGUCGCCCGUGACUAGCAUAAGGAGACCAGCUUCAGCGCGACCUUCGGCUCUUCCCGACAGACCGUUUCAAAGGUCUAAAUCAUCUAUUGAAAUCCAAAAGUUUGCGGAGGACGAAGAAGACGAAGACUUCUCUGAUAUAUUUGGCCUUGCUGAUAACUUGACCGAGAAGGAGGAAAGUGACCGAGGUUCCGAGGACGGGAAUCUUAUGGUGUUGUCCCGACUUUCUAACAACUCUUGGUUAGGUGAUGACGAGGACGAGGACGAUCCAUUCGCGUCUAUGGAUCCAGACUGGGAUGAAAUGGACUUGGAAGCUAAUAUCGCGCGUGACCGCCACGCUAGACUUGCUGAGAAGAUCGAAGAACUUGUCCGCUCUCUCAAAACGACCGAGGGCGAGGACAAGUUACUCGAACUUUCAGAGGAUCUGCUGGGAUUACUUUGGGAAAAUACUGAAGUUAAAACCCUAAUUAUCAGCGCUCAUGGAUUACUACCAAUUCUUGAGAUUCUCGACCUGGGUACCAUGAAGAGCAGACAGCAAUUGAUCCUACAAUUAUUGCAAGUUGUCAAUACAAUUAUCCUGGAUGACGUAGAACUGCAGGAGAACCUAUGUUUUGUUGGCGGGAUCCCGAUUAUCACCAAGUUUGCAGCUCGGCAAUACUCGAACGAGAUUCGGUUAGAAGCUGCGGCUUUUGUAAGACAGAUGUAUCAAACAUCCACCCUUACACUGCAGAUGUUUGUCAGCGCUGGUGGUCUCAACGUCCUCGUCGAAUUCUUAGAUGAGGAUUAUGAUAGCGCGAGAGACUUGGUGCUUAUUGGUGUGAAUGGUGUUUGGAACGUCUUCGAGCUUCAAGGACCUACUCCGAAAAACGACUUUUGCCGAAUAUUCUCGAGAAGCAAAAUCCUCGACCCGCUUGCCCUUGUACUUCACCGCGUUCUUGACGAAGACGUCGAGAACGAAUUGGCGGAACUAAUCGAAGGACGUAUCGUCAACAUAUUCUACUUGUUCUCCCAAGCCGAAAACUUUGUCAAAGAGAUGGUGGCUGACCGACAAGUGUUGAAGAGUGUUCUGAAGGAUCUUCGACGCAUGACACCUGCACAUCAAAUUACGAUGCUAAAGUUCAUUAAGAACCUAUCUAUGCUCUCAACAACCCUCGAUGCUCUCCAUUCCGCGGACGCCAUUGAUUUUCUCAUUGAGUUGCUCAGUAGUAGUAUGAAAAGAGGACAUCCCCAUUUCCGCGAGAUCUCUAAUCAAGUGCUCAAUACGAUGUUCAAUCUCUGUCGCUUAAGCAAGGACCGUCAAGAAUACGCUGCUGUAAAUGGAAUAAUCCCCUUAUUAUUAAAGAUUAUGAAAACAGAUCGGCCUCCAAAGGAAUUUGCAUUACCGAUCCUAUGCGAUAUGGCCCAUUCGGGAAGUAAGGGGCGGCGAUUCUUAUGGCAAAAUAAAGGCCUUGACUUCUAUGUCUCGCUCAUAUCGGAUCAGUACUGGCAGGUCACGGCAUUAGAUGCUAUUUAUGCUUGGUUGCAAGAGGAGACGGCAAAAGUCGAGAGCCAUCUCCUGAACUGCCAAUUUCCCGAGGCAAUCCUAUCUUGCUUCAAUACCCAAAAGACGAAUGCGUUUGAUCCCAACCUUUUAGAGCCCCUAUUAAAGCUCCUCCGAUUAUCACCAUCUUUAGCCGCGUCCUUGGGCAAAUCGGAAAUGUAUGCGGGAAUUGAACAGAAACUCUCGCAGAAGAAGGCCGUCGUACGCCUAAAUCUUCUUCGUCUUGUUCGAAAUAUACUAGAAGCACGAGAAACCGAUUACUUUACGAAUCUGAAAGAUAAGCAGCUUCGACACUUACUUGACUCAAUCAAAAUCCUGGCCGAGAAGGACUCUGCCGUGCUUGUGCGAAACCUAGCAUCCGAUCUUGUAGUUUCCCAUAUAGAUCCUAAUUCGGAUCAACUCGUCCCGCCCCUAUCUGCUUCAACGGCAUCAACCGGGUCAAAUCGUGUACGGUCUGGGAGACGCAUAUAUACGCCUCCAUCCCUCCAUUCCGCAUCUCCAGUACCCCUUACACCAACACAUGCGUCUCGUCAGUCCCAAUCCGGCGCAUUUAUCGAAGUAGCAUCGAGUCCUAAGCGCUCAGGUGUAUCACUGGCUCAAGAACGGGAUCCUGUUGCAUACCGCCCUAGAAGCAAAGACGGUAUCUCGGGUAUUCCUAUCAGUUCUCCUCGUAGACUGAGCGAUAUUCAAUCUGGUGGUGGUUCUUCCGGUGGAAAGAGCAGAUUACCAAGAAACUCAGGCCUGUAUGCACCGCGGCCUAGUCUCAGCGCUCUCUCAAUUGGUUCCCGGAGCGAAGGGAUGAUAUCAAAUAAAGAAAAUAUUGGAAGCACUACGGAUGAGUUUACUCGAUCUGCAAGGAGGAUCUCGCCGCCGGAGUCUAACGGCACGCGCACCGGAAGCGUUUCCUCAUCUUCCUCAUCAGUGUCCGGGUCAGGAAGGCCAAAGAGAAGCCGGCCGCCGAGUGAGGGGAAGCAGAAAUAAAGCAUAUAGUAUCGCCUCAUCUAUCGAUGACUUAGAUAUAGAUACUAAAGUACAUAAAUGGUUUAUAUGGGCGAAUACCAGCCCGUCGGAGUCCAACGAAGAGCCGUAUACGAGGUUUAUGGAAAUGAUGAAAAUAUCACAUUUGUUUCUUCUGCUUUUAUAGAAGGAAAGAGAGAAGCCUUUGCAUCUCUGGGAGCAUUUUAAGGGGUUCUGCUUCUGCGGUUUUUUGUUUUGUUUCCGUUCUUUCUACGGUCUUAGGGAAGUGUCUAUCCACAUAGAGGUAUCGGCGUGGAAAGGGGUGUGGUUUACAUAACAAAAAGUCAAUGCAGUAGCAAGGUUCACGAUGGACCUUGCUGCCUCCCAGGUGUGUUACGUAAGUGCGAGGUAUUGUGUGAAUGACAUUCAUGCUGCGGAUGUGAUAUGACAGAUUGACGAUAAUGUAUGAUGAUGGCAGUGAUAAUAUGAAUGAGGUUCAGGGAAACGAAGCAUGGUUGAUGAAGCACGGGUUGACACUUGCUUAUUGCUUAUGGCAAUGAUGAAUGCAUAGGAGGAGUUUAGCAGCAAGUGAGGAUAGGGUCUCGUUUUAGUAUUUAAUGUUAGCAAGUCGACCUCUAUUAACUUAGCUAGAUUUCCAUUUGGGGCUAUCUCUACGAGUGCUGAAAAUAAGGACCAGAGAACAAUAGGUUUCUAAGCAACAUGAUUCUCUAGAUGGU